AAAUAUCUGAAAAGCACACGCCCACGGCGCGGGAGUCGUCGCAAGGAGAGGGGUUUGUCUGGCAAAAUUUUUGUUUCUGAUCGCGUCGCGCUGCGCUUCGGGGUUGUAGUUUUCGUGUCUCCGCGACUACUAAGCAACGCGCGCCUUUAGAAACGCCAUGGGUGUCAUUCGAAACGGAGCCAACGGGAAAGGACCAUUCAGCGCGGCGAGUUGUGAUGUCCUUGACGGGUUUAAUAGCCAUGACGAAGGAGACGAACCAGUGCCGCUGGCUGUUCACGUCGACCCCUCGUCCUCGCUUCUGGAGCGAAGGCGGCGCACGGUGCGACGGUCGAUGCCUGCUUGUGCCGAUGUUUCGGGGCUCGGCAGCCGCGGGAAGCGACUGUCUUCCAGGAAAGUUCGGCGCCUUGACAACAAGCACUUUCUGCACGACCUUGCGGAAGAAGACGAGGACGCGAUGGGGCAGUUGACCAUCGAGGACUUUGUGCACCAAUCGGUGUCCGCCUUCUCUCGGUUGCUUGCAGACCUAGACAAUCACGAGGUCUGGGACGAAGUGCUCAACUGCACCGGGCAGCCGCUACCCCUGCCAGAGGACCGCAGGUCCAACGAAAUUGCAAUGGAAGUUGCGAGUAGCCUUCCAGCAUCUGGCGGCUGCUUCCAAAGGCUAGAUGCCGCGCUGCGUACUCUCUUGCGGAGGCAGCGUGUACCCCUGGGAACGCUCUGCCUGCUGGAGUCUGAGCUGUGCCUGAGUUUUGAGCGCGAGCCUUGCGGGGAGAAACACUACCGGCUGGCCAGCAGCUUCGAGCGGCUCCUGCUGCAUGCGCUGUGCCAGUACAUGAGCCUGUUUGCACACAGCUACGACAUGGAGGGCAAGCGCUGGACCAGGGUGCGUAACAGCACUGCAGAGUUUUGCCGUCCCUCCGAGUCCCUCUCUGCCUACCUUGAGCGCUACUGGACUGCACGCGGAGCCUGCUGACUGCUUCAAAAAGGCCCGCGCAGUUGUCUUUUCUCGCACAACGGACAUGUUUCAACAUCAUCUGAAAUCGCCUCAUCCUGGCUGCCGCAACUGUUGUGUGUUUAUAGCCACUAACAGCAAAACUAGCAAGAUUGUGAAAAUUUUCUAUAAGCACCAUAGGUCAAAGGUGCCAGGCCUUGAUCCCAAGUGGGCCUAGAACUGAUUAAUUAGUCUUACGUUUUAUGGAACAGUAAUAAUGAAAGACAGAGUGGAGAUAGAAUUCCAAUAAAUUUAGCACUAAUGCAGUUCAAAUUUUGGUUCUGUUCGACAUGCUUCAGUGCUACCGUUUCAUUACAAGCUCCGUUGUAACAUUUACACUGCGUAACAUUACUGGGAAAGUCGUUCGCUUCCUCCUUUCAAGCACAUGUUUGUGUGGAUGUUGUGAGUGUGGCUAUUGUAAAACGCUCUGCUAUUUUAAAAACCUACAGUGCUGUUGCUUUUGCACGCGCCAUAUGGCUCGUAAAAUUAGAUUGUAGUAAUAGAAGUGAGAUUCUGAUGGUUGUGACAAGUUGAGUUGCCUGAUCCAACUACCGCAAUCUUGUGCCACGAAUGUUGCUUGCUUCAUGGUAGCUCGCACAUUGCUGCCUUUCUGUUUGCUUUAGAAAAAAACAAAACAAGUAAUGGUUUAUGACUCUGACAGCAGGUAGGCCACUUUUUAAACUUCUGUUUUACUUGAUCUUUUUUCAUGUUUUUUUGCAUGCAGUAAGCUUACAAUGCGAAAGAAUGCAUUGAUUGUGCACUCAUAGUUCACAAUGUUUGAGAAGCAAGGACUGCUGGGCAAGUUGGUAAUUCAUGUGUAAUGUGUCUUGGUGACUUUUUUUUGUACUUCAAUUUUUUGCGCACCUCAGUGAAGAUCACAAUGCUUGCUGCUUGAAAACAUUGCCGAUAGCGUAAAGUCAUUUAACGCUGCAAGUGCUUAGUAUGUGUCAUUGCAAUUUAGUUUGGGUCACUCCAUUUACUUCUAAUCAUGAGUGCAUGUAAUGUUCAAAGCAUGUCAUUUCCCAACAUUCGCUCUGGAGUCGCAGAGAAGCGAUGGCUUCCAGAUUGCAUGCACGCGCCACAGACUCAUCCAGUGGUAUGAGCGUAGGGUGUUUCUGUUAUAACACCUCUUCAAUUUCAUUCAUAUCAGUUGUGCGUGUGCAUAAUAAAAGCAUCAUACGUAACAUUUUUCAUUUUCAUAAGAUGUGUUGAGUUGCAACAUGUACACCGCAAACUAGUGAAGUAGCUUUUAAAGUAGCUGGUUUUGCCUUAAGACUGAUUCUGUAUAGUUAAAUGGCUUGUUGCAAAUUUGAAUAAUUAAGAACAUCUGGCAUAGUGGUGGUGGAUCUCGUUUUAUGUUGGCUCAUCACACAUGAUCAACAAUGCUCUGAUGACAAAUUGGUUCAGCAUGUUCACUUCAAUGUGUCCAUUGGGCAACCACAUCCUCUGAACUUGCUACCGUCAUUCGAAGAAUUGGGACUCUGUGAACACCAUUUCUUCGGAAAAGUUGCAACCCGAAAACGCAAGAGAAAGUGUGUGCCCAGUUUCCAUUAGGGGGGAACUGCUCAGGAGUAAAGGCUGUGUUGAUCUUCCAGCUUUGGUAAAGGAAAAGGUAAUCUAUGGGCUUCACGUAAUGUCUGUAUAAUAAUAUAGUGCUUUCAGACAACCAUUUCUAACUUGUUAGUAAAAAUAUUGUUGAUAAACUAGUCAUUACAACUUCAAUAAAUGCCUCACUAAUGUCCCGUGCAGGCUUUGUAGGUAUUGUAAAUAAAUAAAAUAAAAUACGAGUACAUACAGCAUGCUCAUGAAUGAGAUAAAUUUACAGUUAAAGCAAGCCUAAGUCUCACUAUUCUGCAGUAGUGAUAGAAAGGGAUAAUAAUAAAGAACUUGGCAGCACUCCUGAAAUG